AUGCCUCGGACACCUACACAGGGUCCUGGAAGUUCCCCGUCUGUUUUUUCCCCUCUCCGGACACGCCUCUUCCUAGGGGCGGGGUCGUGGGUGAGCGCGGCCAGCGGCGUCCCCCACCUUGCGCAGCCGCAGGAGGACGGUACCACGGCGCCUGCGAUAUGGGGGGGCGCGGAGGAGACGCCGGAAGUCGCGGUGGUACGGGUCGGUCUGAGGGGUACUCAGCGCCCGCAGCCUCCACCCGCGCGGCGGCCAGAGCCCAGGAAAAGGAGAAGAAAUGGCAAUGAUGAUGACAACCACCUCCCACCCCAGACCAAAAGAAGCAGUAGGAACCCCAUCUUCCAGGACUCCUGGGACACAGAGUCUUCGAGCAGCGACAGCGGUGGGAGCAGCAGCAACAGCAGCAUCAACAGCCCAGACAGGGCCAGUGGGCCGGAGAGCAGCCUGAGCCACAUCACCCCUGGAUCCUGCCCCAGCACCCCCCAGCCGGUGCUGCCUGAGCAGUCUGCACUGUGCCAAGGCCCUUACUUCCAUAUCAAUCAGACCCUGAAGGAGGCCCAUUUUCACAGCCUACAGCACCGAGGCCGGCCUCUGACAUGAUGCUCCGGCAGUUUCUUGCCUUCUGUGAAGGGACAGCACUGUGCAGAUUGAAUAUUUCAACUUAAUGAUUUGUUUUUAAAAGUUGCACACAGAAAAAAAAAAUGCCUGUUGGCUUUCAGUCUAUAUUUGAGUAUUGGGUCAGCAGGCAGCUGUUUACUUGGGGUUUUGCUGCAUUAUUGCAAUUUCAAAGGGGCUUGGGAGCAAUUUUUUAUAGGAUUCUUUUGAGAGAGAGCAUCAAGUCCAUGUCAUGGCAGUGUUUGAGGAAAUCUCUGAUUUCCACAUCUGUCAGUAAGACAUACUGUAUGUAAGAGCCUCUUAAAAAUGUGGGAUCUUCAGUUUUUUUUAAGUCAAUAAACUAGUAAUGAAUAUCUAGUUUCCAUGGAAAAAAACCCAUAAGUUUUCUCCCCAAAUAUGGGAAGUUUGACUCAGUCUUGCAUUGAAGUUAACUGCCAUACUACCUCUUAGUGUGUAGAUGUCCAUGGAAAGUCCUCCCUGGAAGGGAACAGUUGCCUAAACUGAAGACCGUGAGGCCAAGCAUUUUCCCUGCCUGGCUGUGGUCUGUUACACGUUUGUAUUCCCAGGGAGGAUGUCACUUCCAUAUCUGUUUUCUUCUAGUCUGCACUGCAGAUGCUACAGAGAACCCCACAGUCUCUAAGAAACACCUAGUAACUGUCUUACAAAUCUGCGUAUUAACAGCUUAACUGCUAACCCUUGCAGUGCCCAUGGCCAAGGCAGUGGUCAGUGCUGAUGAAGCUAAAGAGUGAGGAUUUAACUCAUGCUUGACAGCACCCCUGCCUGCUAGGGGGCCACAUUCCAUCGUCAGAACCAGGAAGAUUGGGGCAGUGUAGAAACAUAAGCAGAGGCACUUCUGGGAAAGCGAUGCAGUAGUAUUUAAUUAGAGAGCCUGGGCAUUGUUUCCACGCUACUUUGUCAUACUAGAGAGCCAGGCAAGCUUGAAUAAGGAAGAUGCAGGGGAGUCGUCUUCCUCACUGGCGAGCUGUCUGAACAAGGAGCCAGGAUGUGUCGGGUCACCUGCUCUGGAGAGUGCUGGGGGGCCAACCUGCCAUUAGAUGAAGAGGAAGUGCCUUAAGCCUCCUGCCAGCUCCCCCUCCACUGCACCCCACUCAGGCCACACAACACAGGCAGCAGCACUGAGGAGCAGGGAUGGCUCUAGUAAGAAGGGUCUGAGGGAGCUGCUGGACCAGAGCAGGCUAAACUGAUAGAGCUACAGUCUGAAGACAGCCCAUGCCAGGAAGAGUGGACAUGCGGCUGCUCCUCUGAGGGCCACAGCAUGGAGGCCAGCUGUGUGACAUGGGAACUAGUGUCAUGAAGCCUGGAGGUCAGAAAGAAAGUUGCUUUCUUUUAGGACUGUCUUCCAGAUUUUAAAACCCUAUGUUACUGGGUUUGCUGGCAGGGAAUGUGAGAAAGGAGACUUUUUUGGAAUUUUAUCUAACAAACAGGCAAACCGUGCUCUAAGAAAAGCUGUCAAGCACACAUAUACACAACACAAUCCAGAAAUACCCAGGAGGGCUCCGGCAGGCUUAAUGGAUGGCGUCCUACCAAAACAAAACACGUAUUAAUAAAACAAUGCUCAAGAAAGCAUGCUUCUUCCUGUUUCCCACCCAGCUAAAGGCACAGAUGAGACCAUCUGCAAGACAAGGGUCUGCUUCCCAUGCUCUGAUGGCAGUGCUGGAGUGCCAGUCACCAGUCACUCUCCUUACCCUACAACAUGCAAGAAACCACCUCUGUCCUGUGCUGUGUGUUCUUCACGGGCUGGGACUGGGUACCUGCUCGAGCCAGUGGACGUCUUUCUAUGAGCUCAAGCUAGUGAAACCUUGUAUUCUUGCGCCGCCAUUAAAAAGCAGCCUUAGUGCAUUGCCA